AUAACAGUGAUGGUCUGCAUCUCUCCAUCUCUAGUCAAACUAGCAACUUGGGGGUGGAAAACUCAUCUUUCAAGCACUAGACUUUCUUGGUAGUCUACUCGUGUUUGAUAUUUCAGUCUUCACAUUCACCUCAGCCCCAUUGAUCCCGUCGCUGCUCGCUGAAGAUAACCCCAGAUCAACCCUCUUCGUUCUCCCUCCACCAUGGCUACCACUACUACCUCGACUUCAACAACCCCGGCUACCGUUUUCCCUCGCAGCCAUGUCGGUUUCGACAGUAUCACCUCCCAGAUUGAAAGGAAACUCCUCAAACGCGGUUUCCAGUUUAACGUGAUGUGUGUUGGCCAGACGGGACUUGGAAAAUCGACCCUAAUUAACACUAUUUUUGCUUCCCACUUGAUUGACUCGAAGGGUCGUCUGACUCCCAAUGAACCUGUGCGCUCGACCACGGAAAUUCAGACCGUCUCCCACAUCAUUGAGGAAAAUGGCGUACGUCUCAGGCUAAACAUUGUUGAUACUCCUGGAUACGGUGAUCAAGUAAACAACGAUAGAUGUUGGGACCCUAUUGUGAAAUACAUCAAGGACCAACAUUCCGCGUACCUCCGAAAGGAGCUUACCGCUCAGCGUGACCGUUAUAUUCAAGACACCCGUAUUCACUGCUGCUUGUUCUUCAUCCAACCCUCCGGCCAUGCCCUCAAGCCCAUUGACAUCGUCGUUUUAAAGAAGUUAUCUGAUGUCGUCAAUGUUGUUCCUGUAAUUGCCAAGGCCGAUUCGCUUACUCUCGAGGAACGUCAGGCGUUUAAGGAAAGAAUCAAGGAGGAGUUUACUUUUCACAACCUGAAGAUGUACCCGUAUGAUAACGACGAGCUCGAUGACGAGGAGCGCGCGGUCAAUGCCCAAAUCAAGGACAUUAUUCCAUUUGCCGUGGUCGGCAGUGAGAGAACUAUAGUUGUCAAUGGUCAACAGGUUCGCGGCCGACAGAACCGCUGGGGUGUUAUCAAUGUGGAGGAUGAGAAUCACUGUGAAUUUGUAUACCUGAGAAACUUCCUCACUCGCACCCAUCUGCAGGACCUUAUUGAGACAACAAGCCAGAUCCACUACGAGACCUUCCGUGCUAAGCAACUUCUUGCUCUGAAGGAGAGCAGUGCAGCGGGAGGUCACAGUGGUGGCAGCCGGCCCAUCAGUCCCUCGGCUGACAGGGAGCUCAGCCGCAACUCUCAACGGAUGACCAUGAAUGGCUAUUAACAGCGCAUAAGAGCGUUAAGCAUAGAUCUCAAUGCUCCAUGGAGCAAGCCGUCCAUGCCAGUUGUUUCCAUACAUAGGUGCACACGCAGACAGCUUAGGAGCAAUGUCGAGCGUCCCUUUACUUUUCUUCUUAUUUCAUACAUAACUCAUCGUUCAUACCAGCAUGUUCUUACAGAUAUCCUUUUAACUUCUGAUUUAUCCUUGGCUUACUUUGUUGCCUAUUUUGCUAUCUCCCAAGGUGCUUUUAUUCCGUUUUCUACGAU